CUUCUCAAACCCGUCCCCCCCUCGCAUCAAGAUACUUGCCAGUCAACGUGCGUGUCAGUCACCUUUGUCUACUUGCUUGCUCGAGGAAGUACAAGUAAAAGUAAGGUACCUACCUACCUUAUCUUUCCUCUGCAGAGUUUAGAGAGGACUAUCCAGUAUCAGCCAGCAAAUGGCCCGACACGCCUGUCACCACCAUUAUUCGUCUGCCAUAACUUACCUUGUCCACCUUGGGUGUGGGCCUGCAAACUCCAGACCAAGGUACGCAACACGUCGGAUGCCAUGAAAACCGACAGAGAAGACAAAUAGCCAAACAUGUCUCCGUCUAUACCUCUAUUUGACGCGACUGUACUAAUUUAACGUGGACGCGACAAGGUCCGCGGGCUGUCAACUGCCAACGUCGCACUUGCACCAGAGGGAAACCCUGGGCUGUCUUCACAGCCUCCUGCCCGUGCUCGUGCCUUUUUGGUCCCCUUCUAUUUCUCUCCCCACCCCCUUUCCCCUGUUCUUGAUGAAGAGAGGAAGGAAGGCCCCCUCGUCAUGAGUGACAUGGCUCUUUGCGUUAUUUUCCUCGUCCGAUGAUGUAUCUGGAUUCUUUGCUCAUGAACCAGGGCAACCCCGUGCACCACAUACUGGGCCAACAGUGCCUUCCAUCCCAUGAUCCCAUCAGAUUGGUUGGCCCCUGCCAUUACUUCUGGCCCACGUCCUCCCGUCCUUUCUGCAUGUAGGUAAGCCACCUUGGUAAGAUAAGUUGCACCGCUCUCUCUAUGGAGGCAAGGUAGUCCCUCCCUGGGCUGCCAGUGUAAGUGCAAGUGCGAGGGAUAUGUGGGUGUGGGAGUAGGACCGUGUUCCUUCUUCAAUAUGGCAAUAUCCCUCCUCCCUCUCUAAAUCUGAAAUAUUACCCUCACUCCCCGCUCCCUUCUCAUUCCCCCGGAACCUCACCUGCGAGCUUCUUCCCUUCUUUUCUCCUCGCUGUGUACCUUGUUUCUUCUCUUCUGCCCGUUCGGAAUCUUCUUCAGCUUUUCUCCCCAGUUCGUCCCACGCCGGCUUUUCUCUUCCAUUCCUCCCACUUCGCCUUGACCGUUUCUCUUCCAUUCCAGCUUUGGUCAACUUGUUUCGCCUCUCCCGCCCCAUCCCGCUGCAAGUCCAUCCAACUCGACUUGACCUGACUUUCUCUAUCUCUCGCGACGUCGACCAUCUGCCGCCAGUCCUGACCCAAAUCACUUCAGCCAUCUACCUCACUGAGUCUUGGGGGUUCGCAUUCUCUUGUCAGCUUCGUCGCCUCUUUCGUCACCUUGACCGUCUGUCGAGCAGUCUCAUACGUUCUCUCUGAGCCUAUUUCGCGCCACGUAACGAACGCCCUAUUUUCCAUACGAACGUCUGCGACGUGCCGGAGUACCUCACCAACCACUUGAACCCGGGACAGAUCAUGGUUUUCUGUGCGACACUGUAAAAGAUCCGGUCCUAUGCGCAUCAGGUGUUAGGAGAUUCCGGAAAGUGACGCGCCGAAAUUUUGUCUCCAAGACACUUCACUUGACGUUGAUGACAUCAAGUAUUCUGUCGCACUUACCUUCACCAAUCUCAUAAUGAGACGUCGAUUCUGGUUUCGGGCUUUCGCCAUUACGGCCCUUCUUGGCAAUGUCUGCGCGCAACUGGAUUCAUUGCCACCAUGUGGUAUUACCUGUGUCAACAAUGUCAUUGCCAAAGGAUUUGGUUGCGCCUCUGGAGACAAUGCCUGCCUUUGUAAACAACAAGACUUCGUGUUUGGUGUUCGUGAUUGCGCCUCGCAAUCAUGCGCUGCAGAUGUAGCACCCAAAGUCAAUGAAUAUGUCGCGGGUCUAUGUGCAACUGCUACGCAAGCACCUCCUGCUUCGACACCGCCUGCGUCAAACCCGCCGCCUUCUACACCCGCCGCUCAGCAGACAACACCUCCGGUGGUGCUGCCGUCGACUUCUCAGCCGCCCCCGUCACCGUCGAGCUUGAGCGAGCCGCCGAAACCCAGCGCUGCUGAGACUCCUGCUUCCUCUGAAGUCGCCAAAACAGCUCCAUCGGAAACCUCUCGUAACACUGUCACCGAUACUGCUCAGGCAUUCCAGCCGUCAACUGCAGUUUCAACCACCCUCGCCACAUCUACCAGGUCAUUGUCCUCAACCUCUUCGAGGUCAACGUCGACAUCUACCGGAGCUCGCCCAUCGCAAUCCGGCUCAGCCUCGGAGAACGGAACGGGCAACCUAGAGAGCGAUGCGGCAGGCCUCUCUUCAUCUGCUAAGAUAGGCAUCGGAGUGGGAGCAGGUGUAGGUGUCCUAGCCAUCGCCUUGGCUCUGUGGCUUCUCAUCAGACGACCAAAGAAUCGUGCCAAGUCUAUGCAAAUUUCGGGCCCGAUGCCUGGGUCCGGAAGAGACUACACUGGAGGUUUCAUUGGCAUGAAAGACAAGAACCACUCGGAGCUGGAGAUGAAGUCGAGAAGGUACGAAGACAUGUUGCCGCGCCAGUCACCCAGGCGUUUCGAGUGAGCGGCAGUUCACCGAGGCAUCUGCCUUGCUCGUCUUUUCGACUGGCCCAUCUCAAGCAGAUGAGCAACGCAAGCGGAUGUCUUCCACUAUAUGAAUUAUGACUAAAUGAAUGUUAAUGAGCGGUUGCGGUGGAGCGGGGUUCAGGGGCGGUUGUCGAAAAAAGGCCAGCAUUAUACCACGGGAUAUCCUAUUUCUAUUGCAUGCAUACACCCAAAGGCACCGGUGACGUAAGGGGGAUUCGCAGCGAAGAUGGCGUAAAGGACUCUAUGACAG